UGUCAGCUUUCUGCAAACACCACCUCACUUCUACUUUGCACCCUGCAACAGGUGGCUGCAGCAGGGACAGCACAGAACAGAGCCACCAGCAGCCCCAUGGCCCAGAGCGUGCUCUACGCCGACCUGAGAUUCGCCAAGGGGCCAGGGGGCCACGGCACAACCAGCCAGGCGCUGGAGGCAGCCAGCGUGGACGACACAGACAGCCCCUAUGAGAACGUUGUUCCGGGAUCAGCACCUGUGGAGACAGCAGGGGAAGGGACCCAGCACAGCCCAGGGCACUGGUCCCGGCGGUGCUGUGUCCCUGCGGGGCUUCUGGCAGUCAGCCUGAUGCUCUUGGUGGCCCUGGUGACCCUGGGGACCUGCUACUGGCAGGUGAACCACCAGCUGCAGAACGUAUCCAGGGAGCAGGCCACUGAGCGCGGCCACUUCUCACAGGAGGCACAGGUGUGGAAGCAGAGCCUGAGGCAGACACAGCAGGAGCUGGCAUGGGUGCAAGAGGAGCUGCAGCAAGCAUGGCAGGCGGCCCACCGCAGUCAGCAGGAGCUGGCCAGGCAGGAUGUCGAGCUGGUGCGUGUCUCAGGGGCCCUGAAUGCAACCCAGAGGGAGCUACAGGACGUGCAGGGGAAGCUCAGUGCCGUCGAGCAAGCAGCGAGCAGCCUGCGUGUCUGCCUGAAUGCAGACUGCUGCCCCUCGGGCUGGCUGCUCUACCGUGGCAAGUGUCUCUUCAUCUCGGCGGUGAAGAAGAGCUGGUGGGAAAGCCAUAGGGAUUGUGUGAAGAAGUCUUCCCAUCUGCUGAUCCAAGAUGAAUGGGAGUCGUGGAUGCUGCCGAAUUUUCUCCAAGCAAACAGUGCCAUGUACUGGAUCAAGAAAGAAGGGUUUUACAGUGCAAAGAGGUAUGAUUACAGUGAAGACUGUGCACUGUUAGUAGCCGGGAAAAUGCAGAGCUUAUCAUGCUGGAGGCUUUACCCAUGGAUCUGUGAGCAGCCCCCAAAGCUGAGCAGCGUGACUGAGAGCCUCACUCCUCUCCUGACCGAGGACUGACCCUGCUGCCAGCCCCUCCAUAUUACAGGCCUGGGGGACAGCAGCGGGGCUGCCCAUAGAAAUAUCCCAGUGCUGUGUAUGCAUUCUUUCCAACAUGUGGCAAAGCAUGGAGAAAAUGUUCUGGAGAACUGCCUGUAUUUUAAAGCAAGGCUUAUGAAAAAUACACCUCAUUCCCCUCUCUCACAUGCAUGCGGACACUUUUACCAACGUUUUCCUGCUCCUUGAUCUGCACACAUGUCCCCUUGUCCCAUAGCCAGUCUUUCAUGGUGAUAUCAUAUUGGAUUUGUGGGGUAUUCAGGUUGGAUACAGGAAAAAAUUUCUUCUCCACAAGAAUUGUGAUGCACCUGCACAGGCUGCCCAGGAAGCUGGUGGAUUCACGGUCCCUGUGGGCAGCCAAGAACCAUGGAGAUGUGGCAAUGAGGAACAUGGUCAGUGGGGGUGGUUUGGGGUGAAGUGAAGGCAGACAGGUUAGGAACACCAAUGGGGCCAUCAUAGCCAUCUUCAAAAUGUGUAAGAGGUGAUUUAUUGACUGCCUUGCAGAGGUUGUGAGCAGAGCUCAGUAUGGCAUGGCUGAGAGCCGUGACCAGAGGGCAGAGCACUGCGAGCAUGUCAUCAAGAUCCAGGAAUGAAAUCACCAACCCAAGAGACAGGUUGAAAAGCCAACUACACGUGUUCUGUGUUAAUAUGGGGUUCUUUCAAGGAUGUCUUUGGUGGUAUUGAGGUACCACAGGAAAGUGUUACCCAGAAAGUCACGUGUUACAUAAGCCAGGUCCAUAUAUGGCCAGGAACUUAUUUACGAAGAAGGUGGCUGCUGACUGAGUUUCUAAUCAGCAUUUUUACCUUGUUAGGGCACCAAUCAACUCUAGCAGGGUACGGUGUAUCUCCU